AUGGAUAAGCAAAAGGUAACGGUGACGGGGUAUGUGGAUCAGCGGAAGGUGUUAAAGGUUGUAAGAAGAACAGGAAGGAAAGCGGAGUUUUGGCCCUUCCCAUACGACACCGAAUACUAUCCGUAUGCAUCUCAAUACUUAGACGAGUCCACGUAUUCGUCUUCCUAUAACUACUACAUGCACGGCUUUAACGAAAGCGUACAUGGCUACUUCCCGGACCCUUUAUACUCAACCGUCUCCGACCAAACUGUACAUCUCUUCAGUGACGACAAUGUUCAUGCAUAUUGCACCCUUAUGUGA